CAUUGCACGACAGUACUCCAUCGUUAUUCGAGCUCUUGUCCGGGCAAUCCUUCAUGCAAGUUAUUGACGAAAAUGGAUAUCGUGGGAGUUUUUUACCCCAACUGCCCCAUUUUAGCCGGCCAGAGACAAACAAACACCAACACACCUUUUGCACUUUUACCACCACGUACAUUGGACAAAAUGUCGAGCAGCGCAACUGACCCCACUACCACGACUGGCGCCGCUGAUGCAACCGCAGGGACCGACGCGCCCGUCUCUCCUGCCGUCGAUAAAGGCAAAGGCAAAGGCAAGGUGCCAACCAAAUACGAUGCGAUGGAGGACGAUGACGAUGACGAUGAUGAUGAUGAUGACGAUGACGACGAUCCCGAGGAAGAAGAAGAUGAAGAGGAGGAGGAUGAUGACAUGGAGGAGAUCGAUCCUGCUGCCAUUCUCCCUUCGUCUCGUCGUACUCGCGGUGCCAGAGUCGACUACACUUCUGCUGAGGCCCUUUCUAAAGCCGGCUUGACCGAAAAGGAUGAGGACGAUGACGAGGAUGACAAAAUGAAGGACUAGGGCUCAGUUGCUUGAAUUUGUCAAAAAUGUGCCUUUUGCUUGCUUGUACAUUCACCGAUUGACGUAGCACGUUCCAACUCCCAACUGCACUGUUGUUAUUAGUAACGCAUUAUCUACAACUUUUUUCUCGAAUAAAGGAUCCUCAACAAUGUCUUUGUCCUUUCCCACUGUGAUUUUUAGACCUCG